AUGAUUUCCAGGCACAUUCUGCCUCUUGUCGUCGGGCCAUUCCUCGUCGCCUCUGCCUUUGGCGGAUAUUCGGCGUCUCUUUCCUUUGAGGAUACGGAUUACGGCCCUGAAGACUUGCUGGUCAGGGACUUUCUUGUGCUGGGCGGCGGAGCCAGCGGCACCUAUGCUCGCCGUGCAUACGUCAACUUUCGAAACGGCCAGCCGGCAGCCAGUCCAGACCAAGCUACAAUCCAGGGCCUUUUGGGCUACUUCGAUACGCUGGCCCAGUUUCCCUACCUCGCAGACGGGUUCGAUCUGCCUGAGCCCGUGCCGGAGGACUUGCUUCUGCCGCUGGGCGACUAUCUUGAAAAGUACAAUUUGAGCAGCAUUGCCUACUUCAUCUUCGACCAGGCGCAAUGCCAGGGAAACCUGCUUGACCAGCCGACACUGUAUGUGGCCAAGUACUUUGGAACGGUUAACAAGGCGUCUGUGGUGCACGGCUAUCUCACGUCGGCGCGGCUGAAUAACUCGGAGCUCUACUCGGCAUCGCAAAAGCACCUCGGUUCAGACGUCCUGCUACAAAGCCAGAUUCUAGGGCUCCGGCGGACCGGACACGGCGUCACGGCAAUCGUUUCCACUCCGUCGGGAAAGAAGCUCGUCAAGGCCAAGAAGCUGAUAUCGUCCAUCUCCCCGCAGCUCGACAGCGGCAACCUCGCCGGCUGGGAUCUCUCUGCCAAAGAAACGAGCCUUUUCGGACAGUUCAACAGCUCGGCGUACUGGACCGCGUUGGUGACUAAUACAGGACUGAGCAGCUCGGUGAUGUGGAAAAAUACAGACCCGGCGCAGGUCCUAGAUAUCCCUCGGCUCCCGCAGGCCUACGUGAUCUUCCCGACGGGCACCAUCGAGAACGUCCUGCACGUCUACUACGGCAGCCCAUACGCAAUUCCGGAAGAGCAGGUCAGACAGGACAUCGUUGCCGAAGUGCAGCGAGUGCAGGCACUGGCCGGCGUGCCCAUCACACAGCCGGAGUUUCUGAUCAUGGAUGCCCACAUACCUUUCCAAUGCACAGUAAGCACGGAUGCGAUCCGCAAGGGGUUUUACAGGGACCUGAACGGACUGCAGGGCGAGCUCAGCACAUUUUGGACGGGAGCAGCAUUCCACACUCACGACUCGUCGUUGUUGUGGCAGCGAACAGAGAAGCUGUUGCCGUCUUGGUUGGCAUAG